CCCAUGUAGCGCCGCGGCCGCCCCGCACCCGCCCAGCCGCGGGGCCGCCUCCGGCAUGCGGAGCUGCAAGAUGGUGCGGGUGGCCAGCGUGCUGGGGCUCGUCAUGCUCAGCGUCGCGCUGCUCAUCCUCUCCCUCAUCAGCUACGUCUCGCUCAAGAAGGACAACAUCUUCGGGGCACCCCGCGCCGCCGGCCCCGCCGGGCCCCGCAUGUACAUGUUCCACGCGGGAUUCAGGUCCCAGUUCGCGCUGAAGUUCCUGGACCCCUCGUUCGUCCCCAUCACCAACUCGCUGAGCCAGGAGCUGCAGGAGAAGCCCUCCAGGUGGGCCUUCAACCGGAGCGCCUUCGCCCACCAGAGGCAGGAAAUCCUCCAGCAUGUUGACGUCAUAAAGAACUUCUCUCUGACCAAGAGCAGCGUUCGGAUCGGGCAGCUGAUGCACUACGAUUAUUCCAGCCAUAAGUACGUUUUCUCCAUCAGCAGUAACUUCAGGUCUCUGCUCCCCGACGUGUCUCCCAUCCUGAACAAGCACUACAACAUCUGUGCCGUGGUUGGGAACAGCGGCAUCCUGACCGGGAGCCAGUGUGGGCAGGAAAUCGAUAAAUCGGAUUUUGUCUUCCGGUGCAACUUCGCCCCAACCGAGGCUUUCCAGAAAGAUGUUGGAAGGAAAACCAACCUCACCACCUUCAACCCCAGCAUCCUGGAGAAGUAUUACAACAACCUCUUGACCAUUCAGGAUCGCAACAACUUCUUUUUAAGCUUGAAAAAGCUCGAUGGGGCUAUUCUUUGGAUCCCCGCUUUUUUCUUCCACACGUCAGCGACGGUCACGAGAACACUGGUUGACUUCUUCGUGGAGCACAGAGGGCAGCUGAAGGUCCAGUUGGCUUGGCCAGGGAAUAUCAUGCAGCACGUUAACAGGUACUGGAGGAACAAGCACCUGUCCCCCAAGCGGCUGAGCACAGGUAUCCUCAUGUACACCCUCGCCUCUGCCAUCUGUGAGGAGAUCCACCUGUACGGAUUCUGGCCCUUCGGCUUCGACCCCAACACGCGGGAGGACCUCCCGUACCACUACUACGACAAGAAGGGAACCAAGUUCACGACCAAGUGGCAGGAGUCCCACCAGCUGCCUGCAGAGUUCCAGCUGCUCUACAGGAUGCACGGGGAAGGACUGGCCAAACUCACCUUAUCGCAUUGUGCCUAAGAACCUACAUCUCCAAGUGCCAAAUGAUUGUCUAAAAAGUGCCCAAAUCCGACUUAAACAUUCUCCAGAUAGAAUUCUAAAAAAGAAACAAACUCACCCUAAAAAUCUUUUGCGUAAUGUAAAGAUGCUUUUUAGCCACUGCCCUUCCAGGGGUUUCAGCUUAUUUAUCUGUGCAGAAGCUUUUAUCACGUUCUGUGGGUGCGAUUUGUGCAGCAGCAAAGUUGAGAUAUUUUGCAAUUCCAGAUAAGCCACUCAGUAUGUUUUAAGAGCUCUUCAUAUUUUAGCCUUCCACUAAAAACCCUAAAUCUCUUCAUUUUAUUGUUCCUUCCCCAUUAGAACUAGAAAUGCUGGUUUUAAAAGGUUUUGCUUCUUUUGUCUAUGUUGCUCUCAAUAGCUCAGCGCUGCCGUGGCUGACAGAUAAAGGCACUGGGAACUCCAGUGCAUCGUCACGAGCAAGUUCCUCUGUGUGGAUCCAGAGUUCCACCGCUUGGGUAUUUUCAUAUUUACUGAAUUUUACAUUUUUUAAAGAAUAACAAGAAGAAGGUCACGAUAUGAUUCGUACCUUAGCUAGGUGUUUAUAUCACUCUUGGAAUACUUCAGUGUUUUAAUUCCAUUUGGGACACAUCCUAGUCCAGACUAGAGAGGCUGAAGCAUGUUCAUUCCCAUCCAUCUGAUGCUCUUGGGUCAUUUGUUUUAAAGUUAAAAGAUUUCCCCAUUUACAUCUCUAAGUCCCCAGUCAAACCACCGAAACAGUGGCCCCAUUUUCUGGUCACCAGCAGCCCUCCAAGGCAGACAGAGGCAGACAGGGCUCCCUCAGCACAAGGGGAAAUCAGGCUGCUUGCAGACAGGACAAACCUUAGGGUCACUCAGGGCUGGGAAAUGUGGGCCAUUAUGGCUCAGGAUAAAGAAUCCUGGGAAAUAACUGGAUUCCUUAUUACAGCAAGUAUUUAAACAUUUUCUACUGUUCUGUGUGAGAACUGACCGCACACUGAAAAAGGAUGCAAAAUCCGAUUUAGAUCAUACUUUAAAAUGGCACAUGCUAAUUCUUCUCAGUCUCUUUACCUACAAGCAGACGUAGGAGGUGAGGAAGGAGAUCUCUGGUACAACACCCAACCCGAGCUGCCCCGAGCACCUCCCGGUGCCCGUCGUGGCGCUGCAGCUCCACCACCCCCAGAGCCAGCCCCGUUCUCCCCACUGGAUUGGCAGGAAAGCAGGGGCUGAUGUGCUCCAUGCAGGUUUUGGAACCUGAGAGAGGGACAGGACUCCCUGCCGGUGCCAAGGACAAGCCUGGCAUCACGACUGGAACUUCCCAGAGGCACAAAGAGGCACCGAGUGCAGAGGAGGAAGCACAAAACCGACUGCAAAUAUUCGGGAAGGGGAAUACAGAGAAAUUAUUGACAGAGCGCCAUAUUCCAUCAUUGAUUUUUAAGCAAAACUCCCCAUCGAUGCCGCAGCCCCACACUGAACAUUUCAGAAUCAUUGAUUUUAAUGGGACUCCUGCCCCACGAUCGAUGGCACAGCACAGCCCAAAGUAAAUUGCUUCUUAGUAUCAAUAUUUUUUUGCCCGAGUUCCCUCAACGUGGAAAACCGUCGCCAAACGUGCAGCUUUUGUUGUGCGUGGUGGGGUCUGAGGGAGAGGUGAGGACAGAAGGGGACAGAGAGGACAGUGGCACAGGAGGAGAGGCUCUGUGGGGCUGCCUCUCUGCAGCCCUUUCCAUUAACAAACCAGUCACAUUAUUUAUUUAAUUGUUGUUCAGAAGGUGCCUCCCCGCUCAGGACGCUCGGUGGCCCCCGCAUGCAGCAGCACGUCGGGCUGGGCCCUUCCUCCCCUCUGUUUGGCCCCAAAUCCCUGCAUGAAUUCCUGAUGGCUCAGGAAGAACCCUCCCUCUCAUGACCGAAUGUCUGGACAAGCCAACAGAGCUAAUGCAGCAGGAUCAAUAUUUGUAAGUACAGAACAUUUCAGGUCCCAAAAUCCAGAGGAAUCCUCCUGACCAGCUCCUCCCAUCGGGACACAGACCCUGCUCAGCCCCAGGCUGCAGGGACGGUGUCCAGUGGCAGCCACAUCCCUCUCCAGCCCCUCUGCCAAAGGGAUGGGGGCCCCCAUCCACAGGUGGAACCCUCAGGGGGUGCUGGGGUGUACAUAGGAUUGGAAAUGCAUCUUACCUUUCUUCUUUCGUACAUCUUGGGGGUGGAUUUUCGUUGCUUGCAUCUCCUCAGAGCAGGCUCAUGAAAACAGGCAUUUUGGCUGCCGGGUUUAACUGUGGAGGAAACCAAAAACAAGUGUUUGUGACACAGAACUAACUGUGUAAAAACAAGGUAUAUAGGAAAAAGCAGGUUUUCUGUAAAUGAAUGUGUCUUUAUUCCAAUGGCUCUACAGUUCAAUGCCUGAGGGAGUUGUUUUUGAUAAAAAAUAUAAAUAUUUAAGGAAAAAAAAAAAAGAAAAAAUGCCAUAAUUGUAAUAAAGGUUCCAUAAUGAAUGGCCAUACUAAAAGCAUUGUUUGUUUUCAAAUGGCUGAUGCUCACAAGGGGCCAGGGCGUGUCUCAGGUGAGUGGCAAAGCCGCACGCUGUGGGAAGGACACUGGUGUCCAGCCUCACACCCUGGAGAGCCUCGUGAGCAGGACUGGGGGCACUGGGACCUGGCCAGGUCUAGGCCUGAGGCUGGGGCAGGGCUGCACAGCACAUCCUACCCUGGUUCCUCUCGUGACAGUGCCACAUCCUCCUCAUGAGCAUCGUGCGGAGAGCUCCCGAGCUCCCGGUGUGCCCCUGCAGUGUGAUGUGCCUGCAGCAUUGACUCAUGUGCCAUAACUCGAUAUUGAAUGCAUUGUUUUUAAAUAAAAUGGUUUCUUGUGCAUUGGGAGUCUGUAAAA